AUGUCAGAAGCUCCAGAUACAAUCUUAUCAAGUAUUCUUCGUAAACGAUCAUCUCACUGACCCUACUUAAAGCGUUGGCAUUCAAGAGUAUUCGUAUUAGAUGAUAAUUUCCUGUCUUACUAUCACCCUGACAAUCUAGAAAAACCAAAACAAAAAAUUCCAAGAGACAUGAUCAUUAUGGUGCGAGCCAGUCCAAAAGAUCCCACAGAAUUUGAAGUCUACCUAGAGCAGCGAAAAAUCAGAUUAAGAGCUGAAGAUAGACUUGAAAAAGUCGCCUGAAUUUCUGCGCUGAAGCCAUCAAAAAAGUACUCAGAGUUGCAUCCUCCUCCUUUGAAGCAUAAUUCGGUUCGAUUAGAAGAUUUCGUAUGCAGUCUUGCCACAAAACAAUAUUCAUUCAUGAAAGACAUUUUAGUGGCAAGGUACAUGAAAUUGCUCACCAAAGGAUUUCAAUUAUUUAUAUCAGGAGUUGCACACAAGAAAAGCGUGGAGCUUAAUAGCACUCAAAGAGUCAGGGAAGCUGCGCUUUUAAGGAUUUUAGAAAAUUACAAUGUCCGAUUAAAACAGCUUGUAUUUAGAAAGCUAGAAACCUAA